UUAACCAUGUUGAAUGCAAGUGCCUACUCAUCCCCCUUCUUUUAACUUUUCCUUCAUCAUUUCUUCUCUUUCAAUUUCUCAAAAUCAAAAUCCUCACGUAUAUAUUCAUUGUUUUACCGAUAGAGAAUCUUCUGCAUCGCCUGGUAAAUUAAACUUUUGCGAGAGACAAGUAAGAGGCGUUCUUGGUCGUGUUCAAGGUAGAACUGCAGGAAGAUGGCCAUGCGUGUGUUAAAGAAAAGAGAUCAUGCUUGAAAUUUGACAGGAGGGAGUAGCCAAAGAGUAGGUCCAGAGCUCCAUUAACAUGGACCUUGAAGCUUCAACAUCCACUCCUACCUCAACCAUGGAAGUCCACAAGGUAGCCGUGCCGAAAGCAAAGACUACCCUUGAUUCUCUCAAGCAUUUUCUGGUUGAAUUCUUCUUCCCGGACAACUCCAUGCACAAGUUCAGGAACAAAUCUUUCUUCAUGAGGGUGGUUUUGGCUCUCCAAUUUGUCUUCCCAAUCUUGGAGUGGGGCCCUCAUUACAACCUGAAUCUACUGAAGUCUGAUGUCAUCUCAGGGAUCACCAUUGCUAGUUUGGCCAUCCCACAAGGAAUUAGCUAUGCUAAGCUUGCAGGCUUGCCUCCAAUUCUAGGCCUUUAUUCUAGUUUUGUGCCACCACUGGUAUAUGCGGUGCUCGGAAGCUCGAGAGAUAUGGCGAUUGGUCCAGUGUCAAUUGCAUCUUUAGUGAUGGGAUCCAUGCUUCGAGAACUGACCUUGGUUAAUGAAGACCCUUCCUUGUAUCUUCAAGUUGCUUACACUGCUACCUUCUUUGCUGGUGUAUUGCAAGCCAGCUUAGGCUUUCUGAGGUUAGGAUUCAUAUUAGAUUUUCUAUCGAAACCGACACUGAUUGGAUACAUGGGCGGUGCCGCUGUGAUAGUUUCUCUUCAGCAGCUCAAAGGACUGCUUGGACUAGAUCACUUUAGUAACCAGAUGGGGAUCAUUCCUGUCAUACAAUCUAUUGUUGUGAAUAGAAAAGAGUGGAAAUGGCAAGCACUUGUCAUGGGAGUCUCAUUCCUGCUCUUUCUACUAGUCGCAAGGCAUAUAAGCUCUAAAUGGCCCAAGCUCUUCUGGGUAUCAGCUGCUGCUCCUUUAACCUCAGUGAUCAUCUCGACUAUCUUUUCCAUCAUCUUCAAAGUCUCACAUCAUGGCAUUAGAACAAUUGGACAUUUGAAGGAAGGAGUGAACCCCCCUUCAAUGGACAUGCUAAACUUCAAAGGUCCCUACUUAGGCCUUGCUGUUAAAACCGGAGCAAUUUCAGGAAUCUUGGCUCUCACAGAAGGCAUGGCAGUGGGCAGAACAUUUGCUUCUAGGAAAAACUAUCAAUUCGAUGGCAACCAAGAGAUGAUGGCCAUAGGAAUUACGAACAUGGCAGGAUCAUGCACUUCUUGUUUCGUGACGACUGGUUCCUUCUCUAGAUCAGCUGUGAACUGCAAUGCUGGGUGUAAGACGGCAGUUUCAAACAUGAUAAUGGCAAUUGUAGUGCUCCUCACGCUGCUAUUUAUCAUGCCCCUCUUCCACAACACUCCUAAUGUCAUCUUGUCGGCGAUCAUCAUAACAGCGGUCAUUGGGCUAAUCGACAUCCCAGCCGCGGUUAAGUUGUGGAAGGUGGACAUCAUGGAUUUCCUAGCUUGCAUGGCUGCUUUCUUCGGGGUUCUUCUUAUCUCAGUGCCUAUGGGGCUUGCAAUUGCAGUGGGCAUAUCUUUGAUCAAAAUCUUGAUUCAUGUCACUCGGCCGAACAUAGUGAUCAUGGGGAAUGUCCAAGGAACUAAGUGCUAUCGAAGUAUAUCGCAAUACGAGGAAGUCACAGGGGUUCCUUCAUAUCUGAUCAUCGGUAUCGAAUCUCCUAUAUAUUUCACCAACUCCAUGUAUGUUCAGGAAAGGAUCUUGAGAUGGGUCAGGGAAGAGGAAGAGAGGGUCUUUAUGCUGAAGGGGAGCCCCCUUAGAUGCAUUGUUUUGGACAUGUCUGCAGUGGCAAGAAUAGAUACAAGUGGCUUGGCAGCACUCUUAGAGUUGAAGAAGAAACUUGGGGAUAAAUAUCUCGAGUUUGUUUUGGCUAAUCCUGUUGGAGAAGUGACAAGGAAGUUGUUUAGAUCGAAGGCAUUGGAGAGUUUCGGUCCAGAACGCAUCUUUAUGACAGUGAGCGAGGCCAUUGCUGGAACUCUUAUUAAGUUUGAGCAAGAUAGCAGUCCAUUGAACCAAUAAUUUAGGCUUAGCUUCCAUGGCAACCAUCUGUUUGCAAUUUGUAACAAGCAAUGGCAGGUUUAGAUGAGUUGUUUCUGAUCUCAUCUUGUUGUAGUGCAGUAAAAAAUUUGGAAAAAAAAAUGCAUAUGGAGG